AUCGAUACGCCAAAGAGGUCCUCCUCUGUCAUGUCGAAAUUAUUGCUAAUCGUUGCUCUGCUGCUGCUCGUGACGACGAGCUCGUCGAUCGUCAGCGGCGACCUGUUCCACGUCCAGGAGGAAGUUCCGCACUUUUUUCAAAUGCCCGACAAACAGAACGCGAAAAUGUGUUACACUCAAUGCUUCGACGAAAAGACGUGCAUCCUUGUCACUGAGAAUCGGAACGACAUCUCCGCGGGCCUCAUCGAUUAUGAGUCGAUUGGAUUGAUCGAUUUCCCGGGUGGCCGAAUGAUCACGACUUCUCACUAUCUGUACAACAAGUGGCAGCUUCUAUGGGUCGAGAACGCGACCGACCCGGUGCUGAAGAGCCGCGACUUCAGCUGGAACGAUUGCGCCUGGAAGUCGAAGGUGCAAACUGAUGACGACCUGGACCGACAAAUCACGGAGAUCCUGAUGAGAGUGCUCUUCGAUCCGAGUCACGACAACAACGUACCUUCAACUGUGACGUGAUAUUCUAUAAGAAGCGCCCGGGGGAAUCCAUCCAGCCAAGAGCGAGGCCCGUUGGCGAGUCCAUAAUCGCUUUGAUUUUACAGUCUGGAGAGACGUGGGAUCCGACAGAGAUCGAUAAGCAAAAUCUGUGAGAAUAUUUUUUUGAAGCGGCCAUAAAAAAUCUUCAGAAAAUUAUUAUUUUUAAAGACGUCUGUUUUAAAUAUUAUUCUUUUAAUAUUGAACGAAAGAAUUAUUAUGUUUUAGAUAAUUAGUAAUAUAA